CAAGCCGCUGUUGCUUCUCUACCUUCGCUACUUUCCCUUUAACACAGCCACGAAAAGCAUAACGUCAAACCACGCAACCGCUCGAGCAGCGGAGUAAUAAAAAAUCAGAGUAGAAAAGGAAGGAAGAAAAGGCAAAGAAUCGAUUCUACUUAAUUUCUCAGUCGCUCUCGAUCAUAUAUCUUCCUUUCCUCUUUUUGGUGUUUGGAAUCUACAAUUCGAUGGAUUUGUAUCCUCAAGACAGCUCUUACUACAUAUGGAAUCCUCCCUUCCAGACCUCACACUUUCUAACAACAACAGAAAUACAAUGGGCAUUUGCUCUCUCUUCUCCGCUUCCUUUUUCCUUCUCUGCAUCUUCUCUUCCAACGGCUUUACUACUGUGCAGGCAUUUACUGGAACUUACGGAAUAAACUAUGGCCGGAUUGCUGAUAACAUACCUCCACCUGAAAGUGUAGUGACGCUUCUUAAAGCAGCAAAGAUAAAGAAUAUUCGGAUCUACGAUGCUGAGCACUCCGUUCUCAAGGCAUUUAAAGGAUCUGGAAUUGAAAUAGUGGUCGGAAUUGGUAAUGAGUAUCUGAAAGACAUGAGUGUGAAUGAAGAUCGUGCAAUGGACUGGUUAAAAGAAAACGUUGAGCCAUUUCUGCCCGAUACCCAUAUCCGUGGGAUUGCUGUGGGGAAUGAGAUUUUGGGAGGAACAGAUCAGGAAAUAGCUGAAGUCCUACUGGGUGCUGUCAAGAACGUUUACAAUUCCGUUGAGAGGCUUAAGUUGAAGAAUACAAUUGAAGUCUCAUCACCACAUUCACAGGGCGUUUUUCAGAAUUCCUUUCCUCCAUCGGCAUGUACUUUCAAGGAAAGUGUUAUGCCAUACAUGAAGCCGCUUUUGGAAUUCUUUUCCCAGACGGGUUCUCCUUUCUACAUCAAUGCCUACCCAUUUCUGGCCUACAAGUCCGACCCCGAGCAUAUCGAUCUCAACUAUGCUCUUUUCCAGUCUAAUCCAGGAGUCUAUGAUGCGAAGACUAAGCUUCACUAUGAUAACAUGUUCGAUGCUCAGAUAGACGCAGCUUAUGCAGCUUUGGAAUCCUUGGGCUUUGGGAAGAUGGAAGUCCGAGUCUCCGAAACAGGUUGGGCUUCUAAAGGUGAUGAGAACGAAGGAGGGGCAACAGUUCAGAAUGCUAGGAUUUAUAACCGCAAUCUGCGUAAACGGCUUGCCAAAAAGAAGGGUACUCCACUCAGGCCAAAGAUUGCAGUAAAGGCAUAUGUAUUUGCCUUGUUUAAUGAGGAUUUGAAGCCAGGACCAACCUCUGAGAGGAACUUCGGACUGUUCAAGGCUGAUGGGAGCAUUUCAUAUGAUAUUGGAUUUACAGGACUCAAGCCCUCGUCUGCAUCCUCAUCUCUGUUGUCUCUGAAGGAUAUCCGAGGUUGGCAGUUGCCUUAUUCGAUGGUUCUUACAACUUGUGCCGCCGUGCUGCUGCUUGUUUUGAUACCAUAGUCAAAUCAAGGUUUGGAGCAUCCUCUCUUAUGUAUUUUUUAUCCAAUGCCGAAAGUGUGUCCAGGAGUACUUGGAUUAAGGGCGACAUCCGUCAUUGGAUCUCUUCUCUUUGUAACACUGCAUGUGUCAUCCAUUCAUCGAUUAAAUGUACAUUAAUGUGUCGUGUGAUGAGAAAUUGCUGAUUGUUUUAUUUACUUCAGCAAUUCACAGGAAUGAUUGACUAAUAAGAACCUUUGUUAUUCUCA